AUGAAAUUUUCAAGAAAGGACGAUGAGUAAUUAUGUGAUUUUAUCACUUUAAUAGUCAAGAGGAUUCAGAUGAAUAAUAGAGAACAGGGAUUCCUCAACAUUAAGCGAAUAAAUUGAAACAAUAAGCAAAGGAAAUACACUAGAUGUUGUUGUAAUUGUAGGAGAACUUUGAGGAUGAAGACUGUGACAAAUACUAUAUUUUGAGCAAAAAGUAUUUAAAUGAAUUAGAUUACUUAGUUGGUUUGAUUCAUGGAAAUAGUAUGUGUCAUAUGAUUAAGUUGUAAAUGGUCAAGCACCUGACAAGAAAUUCGGAUAAACAAUGUUGCAAAAUUAUAAUAAUGAUUUGCUAGAGAUGCGCAUAAAUGAAUGUUUCAAAUAUUACCCGCUUAACUCCAACCCAUGGAAUAUAUGGUUGAAACCCAAUUUACAAGAGGAUAAGGAUUACAUAGUGAUUUCAUAAUAAAUCUAGAACUAUCUGAAUUAGCAUUACAGAGGUCUUUAGAUUGUGCGAAAUUCUGUAGGACAAGGCAAAAAUAAGAAGGUGAUUGUGAAUUUGUUUAAGGUAAAUAUCAUUUGAUUUUUAAAGUUCAAUGCCGCAUUGAUUUUACCUAAUACGAUUAUUUAAAUUGCUUAGGAUAAUCUGACAUAAUUCGAAAAGGAAUAUUUAUAAGCAGAAGAGAAUUGUGUAUUGAACGACUUUUAUGCUUUAAUAUAAAAGACUGUGCAUACUUUUAGGGGUAAUUACAAUAAUCAGAAUGGUGUUAGAAUUUGGAGAUACAAAAAUUAAAAUGAUCCUCAUAAGGCAUUGUUUGCAGAAAUCAGAAAGCAGGUUUAGGAUCUUGAUUACAAUGAUGAUCAAGUCUUUGAUUUUUCAGGAGAUCCUAUUGAGAAUUCAUCAGACAUCACAUUGAAAUCCUUAAAUCUUACUGAUAAUGACCUUGUUGUAAUUGAGGUAUUAUGUUUUACUAAUAAUUAAGUUUUAACAAAGUUUUAAGCCUUGGUGUAUCAGACAUCCCUCUGUUCCAAUUGAAGGCAAAUGUGAAAGUUGUGGUUCAAUCAGUGAACUUCAUUUUCCAUGUAAAUGCAAAAAGGUAGCAUAUUGUUCAGAAAGAUGCAAAGUGAAUGAUGAACGAUAUCAUCUUCCAAAGUGUGAUCCAUGUGGAUCUGAUGAUGAAUAAGUAAAAAAGAUGAAUGUCGGCGAACAAUCUGUAAAAGGAGUCGCUGGAUUGGGUAAUUUAGGCAACACAUGUUUUAUGAAUAGUGGUACUCAAUGUUUAUCAAACACAUAUUAAUUGUCCGAAUAUUUUAUUACAAAUAAAUAUUUUGAUGAGAUUAAUGAGGACAAUCCUCUGGGAACUAAAGGAUAACUAGUCAGGAAGUAUGCCUCCCUUAUUAAGAAAUUAUGGUGUGGUGACAAAAACAUAGUAAUACCAACUAGUUUCAAAAAAGCAGUUGGAUAAUUCUAACCAAUGUUCAAAGGAUUUUAAUAACAUGAUUCUUCUGAAUUAAUUACUUUCCUUUUGGAUGGAUUACACGAGGAUCUUAAUAGAGUCAAAAAGAAACCUUAUGUUGAAUCAAAGGAUAAUUAAGGCAAACCUGAUUUUGAAGUGGCAAAGGAAAGUUGGUAGAAUCAUCUUGCUAGAAAUCAAUCCAUUAUUGUUGACUUAAUGCAUGGACAAUAUAAGUCAACUCUUAAAUGUCCCACAUGUUCAUAAAUAUCUAUUACUUUUGAUCCAUUCUUGACUUGCGGACUCAGUAUUCCAAGUAAAAAGUUAAAGUCCAUUUAAAUCAAAGUUAUCAAAUCAAUAGUUCAAAUUGAAACUAAAUACAUCAACUUUGAAGGAUCCAAGAAAGCAAUGGCCUUACAUGAAUUCACUAAGGAGUUCAUUAUUCCAGAAUUUAAAAUAGAUCCAAAUUAAGAAUUAAUCUAUUAUACUUCCUAUUCCAAUGAUAUUCAAGAUCUUAUUGAUCCCAAAUCUGAGAUUAAUUCUGUUAGAAAGAAUGCCAAGAGAGGGUAUCUAGUGAUCAAACCAUUAAGUGAAGAGGAGAGGGCAAUACCUUCAGAUGAUAGAAUCUAUUUGAGCUAUUCUUAAAAAGCCUUAGAUGGAUUCGGUUAGUAAUAUAAAAGAACUAUUCUUUAAUAAUUCUAUGUAAUCAUAUAGAAAGAACAUACACUUAAAUAAAUACACCUUGCCAUUUUUAAGGCCUUACUUCCCAUAUUUUGUGAUUAGGUUUCAAUGAAUGAUUUGCAAACUCCUGAACAAUUGAAAUAAUACUAUGAAGAUAAUAUCUACCAAAAAGUAAAUAUAAGUUUAUAAAAUCUUAGUAUUACAACAUACAAUUCAAAUCUCCAAGCACUUAUUGGCAAUCUUGCAGUUUCUGUAGCUAGAAGAAUUGUUAAGAUUGCGAUGCAGAUUACACAGAGGAAACCUAUCAAAAAAUUAAAACGAAAGCGCAACAGAGCGAUCUCCAUACUAAGAUAGAAUUGAUUGUGUUUUGGAAUAAGAGUCCUUUUUAGAAUGUUAAACCUGUUGACAUCUACUAAUAUUAUUAGAACUAGUAAAAUAAAAAACAAAUGGAAGGUAUUUUAACGCAAUAAUUGUUUAGAGGAGAGGAAUUCGAUGAGUAAUGAUGAGAAUAGCAAUAACAAUCUAAAUAAGCCAAGAUAUAUGGUCAAAUCUAAUAACUAUUCGAAUAAUAAUGCAACCCAAAAAGUGGCACUUUAGGAAUGCUUGAAACAAUCGGAAUAGCCAGAAUAAUUGGCUGAAGACAAUGCCUGGUAUUGCAAGGUUUGUAAAGAACAUGUCCAGGCCUUCAAGAGUAUGUAGAUUUACAAGGUAUGAGCAUCGAUUUAGCGAUUAGGCAUCUGAUAUUUUGAUAUUCACAUUGAAGCGAUUCAAAGCAUCAAGUGGAUUUUUCAAAUAGAAACUUGAGACCUUUGUGGACUUCCCUGUAAGAGGUUUAGAUUUAACGGAAUUCAUUCUGAAUAAGAAUCGACCAUUGGAUUAUGAUAUAGAAACCCAACAGAAGGAGAUGAUAGAAGAGGAAUUUCCAGGGAAAAGAGAGGACGAUAAGAAACUCUUAUAUGAUUUAUAUGCAGUAUCAAAUCAUUUUGGAGGCAUGGGAGGAGGACAUUACACUGCUUUUGGAAAGAACCACGUACUUUAACUGUUUAGUGUUAGUUGAAUGGAAAAUGGUACAACUUUGAUGACGCUCAGGUGAAUGAAGUGGAUGAAGAUUAAAUUGUAUCUAAGAAUGCAUAUGUUUUGUUUUACAAGCGUAGAUCAAAAGAGGAAAUCACACAAGACUUCAACACAUAAGAUUGA